CGUUGGAAACUUCCUCUUCCAGGAGAGUGAGUCCGAGACUGGUAGGCGUAUCAAGACGUCAUGGCUGGGUAUGCACUCUUGGUAUGGGAAGUCUUGGUCGAGUACACAGAGGCGCUUCUCCUCAUCCACCUCGAUGAUGUUCUCUUGGACUUGAGGAGGAAGGGGGUAGUCUGGGAUGAUGAAUUUAUUGAGAUGGUAGGGGAGAGAACAAGAAUAGUGCGGUUUCUACAAGAAAUGAUUCCCAUUCGUGGGGAUAAUGCCUUCAUAGCAUUACUGGAGUGCCUAAAGAGAGAACAUCCCACCCUCGUACAGGCAAUGGUGACAUCUGUAAAGGAAAGAGACAGAGCUUACGGGAUGACACUUCGAACAAGCUUGAAUGAGGACGAUCGUCAACGAUUGCUGGAUAUGAUCGGAAGCAUGAAUAAUGACUGGCCUCAAUAUUUGCUACUUGAGAUCGGAAACACGGAUGAGGAACGUCUUCCUUCAUUGCUGGAUGAGAUCGCUUUCUUUUUUGAGGACGGUCGUUGACAAUCGCUGGAUGAUAUCGCCUUGUCGACAUGAUCUGGAUAACUUGCUGAAGCGCCAUUCCAUUCCAUUUCCUUCCAGCACGUGCCUCACCUCGCAAUUUAUCUCAUUAGUGUCUUUGCUUGUGAUACUCUGGUCAGAGCUUUCAUACAGGUCUGUUUCUAUGUCUGUGCUGGAUCUUGUAUAAAAAUUUUAGAAGGUCUUGCUGCCAUUUAUGUAUUUAGGCCUAAGAAUGUAUUGUGGAAAUUCAGUGAAACAAGUGGUAUUGUACUGUGAAUUGAGGUGCAGUGAUUCGACCAUGUGGCCAAAGUGAUAAUGCUUGAUGGCUUGGAAAAUAUAUA